AUGAUCUUUCUCUCGCUUUUCCUAUGGGCAUUGACAGUGUCGGCUCAGUUCAUUAAGCCCACCCCACCAACAGAAGACGACUUCUACACCACCCCCGACAACAUCACCUCCUACGAAAAUGGCGACAUCAUAGCGUCUAGACCCGCCCCAGCUAUGAUCAGAUCCAUUUACUUCCCUGUCAACGUGAAAAAUGCGUGGCAGCUUAAGUUGCGUUCAGAGGACUCUCAUGGAAAUCCUCAAGCCAUCGUGACCACGAUUUUGGAGCCAUAUAAUGCCGAUCCUAAGAAGCUUUUGUCGUACCAGCCUGCUCAGGAUUCUGCUACCAACGAUUGCAGCCCUUCAUAUUCGAUUCUUUUCAACGCUCCUAUGAGUACUAUUGUUCUCCAAGCAGAAAUGGUUCUUAUGCAAAGUGCCCUUGCCAAAGGUUGGUUCUUGAACGUGCCUGACUAUGAGGGCUUCCAAGGUGCUUUCACCGCUGGCAAGCAAGCUGGACAGGCAACGCUUGACUCUAUUAGAGCAGCGUUGCAAUCUGAAGAUAUCUCUGGCGUCAGUUCAGAUGCGAAAGUUGCAUUGUGGGGAUACUCGGGUGGAACCAUCGCCUCAGGAUGGGCUGCUGCCUUGCAGCCUCAAUAUGCUCCAGAACUCAAGAAGCAAUUGCUUGGAGCAGCUUUGGGUGGAUGGGUCACCAACAUCACCCUCACUGCAGAGGCCACUGAUGGUACGCUUUUUGGAGGUCUCAUUCCUAACGCCAUCAACGGUUUGCUUCAUGAGUAUCCUCAUCUUGAUGGGCUUGUAGAUACAGAAAUUAGAAAAAAUAAGAAAGAGGAUUUCCUUUCUGCUGGGAAGAAAUGUCUUGUGACGUCGAUCGUCGACUACGUGUUUGUGAAAUUCUUCAGCGGCAAGCGUCCCUGGGCUUCUGACGGUUGGGGCUUCUUCGACAUUCCAGAAGUUCAGGGAGUCGUCAAAAACAACACUGCUGCACUUGACAAAGAUGGGCCCAUUCCUGAGAUUCCUCUUUUUGUGUUCCAUGGCACAGAGGAUGAAAUUGUGCCUUUCUCAGGUGCUCAGCGUGGCUACGACAACUACUGUGACUGGGGCAUUGAGAGCUUUGAGUUUGCCGUUUCCAACACUACCGGCCACAUCCUUGAAGUCGUUGAAGGUAGUGGUGCUGCAUUGGUAUGGCUCGAUAAGUUGUUCAAGGGUGAAAAGCCGAUUGAAGGCUGCAAGAAGACCGUCCGCAGCACCAACAUUCUCUACCCAGGAGCAGAUGCCGAGUAUCGUCAGCUUGUGAGAACUCUCUUUAGCUCCUUGGGAGGUGGUGAAAUCGGUGAGACCACAAGAAAUAUAACAGAGUCCUCUUUGGUCAGCACGCUAUUGACGUACGCAUUCAGUGGGCUUAUCAACAAGAUCGGGCCAAUCCCUUUCAAAAGAGACGGCUCUGUUGAUAGAAGCGUGUUCACUGGUAUGAACGACGUGAUUGACUUGUGGCAGCGGGAAAACACCGUGCCCGACUUGUUAAAAGGUGCCAUCUAG